GUCUAUCACUAGACUGUCGGAGGUCUCAGCUCGAAGUCAGCCAUUCGAUAAAGAGCGACACAACAGUAGACGUCGUUUCGUUACAAUCUCUGUGAAUUAAAACCCUCGAUAUCUCCUCAAAUAGACUAAAUAUCUCGAUUUUUCAGUUGAUAAUUAUCAUUGGGGUGAUCGGAGAGAAAUGGAACCUGAAGAAAUUUGCAUUAUCGAGUUGUUAUCCCACCAGACGUUUUAUCAAUACGGUGAUAUAAAAAGGGAGAGUGUCCUGACGGUUAUGAAUUACUGCGGAUUUUUAUAAUUUUUUUGUUUAAAAUUUUAUCGGUGUGACCAGCCAAUUCGGGGAAAUUUUCCGGAAUUUUCGGGGACUCCCUCAGACGUCUCGGCGCCAUUGUCUCAGAUUAAAAAAAAAGAAAUCAUUUGGAUGCAAAAAUUUUGAGUGAUUCGUGUUGAGUGAAGUUUUUUUUCGGACAAAAUUUUCUUUUUUUCAUCGACAUCUCUGGAGCCCUUCACGAUGUGGUGUCUCGUCAGCCAGGCAAACUCUGUUAUCCUCGAGGUCCAGGUGGACCCCAGGGUCAUUGGACGGGAGUGCCUCGAAAAGGCAUGCAACUGCUUGGGCAUCAGCAAAGAGUGCGAUUAUUUUGGCUUGAAGUAUCAGAAUGCCAAGGGUGAGGAAUUGUGGCUCAAUCUGAGAAAUCCAAUUGAUCGACAGACUGGUGGAGGGGGUGGUGUUGCACCCCUCAGAUUUGCAUUGAGGGUGAAAUUUUGGGUACCACCACACCUGUUGCUGCAGGAAGCUACGAGACAUCAAUUCUACCUGCACUCACGUCUUGAACUGGUAGAGGGUCGUCUCAAAGUGCCAGAUUGGUGUUCAGUGGCGCGUUUGGUUGCUCUGGUUGCCCAAGCUGAGGCUGGGGAUUACGAUCCUCUGUCACCACCCCAUGGCCUGUAUUCCCAGUGCUGUCAGAUACAACCUGAUAAGCCCUGUGAUUCGAAACCUAAUGACUUCCUUCAUAAAAUCAUUCAACAGCACAAGGAGAUCAAGGGUAUGAAAGCUUCAACAGCCGAGUACUGGCUUCUCAAAGAAGUCUCCAAUUUGGAUACAUUCGGCCAGGAAAUGUUUCACAGUAAAUUCGGGUCAACUGCUGUGUCAAUGAUUGGCGUAGGGCCUCAUGGAAUUACUGUUUAUCGAGGGGACAAUGAUGAAAAACAAAAUAUUCCAUAUACAGCUAUCCAAAGUGCUACUUCACAAAGACGAAUGUUUCACUUAAUUUACCUGUCCCUGGAUGGUGAAGAGACCUCAUUGGACUUCAAAUUGGACUCUAGUCAAUCAGCGAGUGGAUUGUAUCGGGCAAUAACUGAGAAACAUGCUUUUUACAGCUGUGAAACAGUGAGGAGUGCCGUUACAGCACAGUUUAUACGCGAUCUCAAGGGUACUAUUAUCUCUAUUUUUAAUGAAGACUCCACACUGGGUAAAAAAUACGUAUUCGAUAUCAGGAGGACUUGUCGAGAGGUAUACGAUAAUGCCAGAAGGGCAUUGUACUGCGAGACUAGUAAUAUCGGCCUUCCAGAGGCCAGUCAGACGAUGGAUAAACAUGAAUGCGGAGACUGCGAGAAUCCCAAGUGCAAAGAGUCUCGUGAAUGUCUGGCUCGUCUGCUGGAUGCCAUGUUAUGUCGUAUAUGCAUGGAUCGCAGUUUGGACACAGCACUAUUUCCCUGUGGUCAUGCUGUGGCAUGUUUGGAUUGUGCUCGUAGAUGUGAACGUUGUCCACUGUGUCGUGCAGAUAUUGAUCACUGUAGAACAAUAUAUCUACCCAUUGAGCUUGCCCACGUGGAUAAAAACAAUUUGAAACUAACAACAGACAACAGGAGUGAAACAGCCCAAGUUCAACGACAAUCUAAUCCCAUGGAUAACGAUAAUUUCAUUGAACCCCAGGGAGUCGUUAAUACGGCAAUUUGAGAGCGGUUUGUCAAGCGAAGAUUCGAUAUUAUUGAAAAAUUACAGAGAAUCUUCACUUGCAAAAUUGAUAGGCAUCAACAAAUCGAUUGAAUUUGUCAUCAUAAUUUCCUCGGUUGUCUUGAUAGAUUUGUUCAUGAAAAUGCUUGUGCAACUCGUUUUAUGCUGUGAUGAAAAAUUAAUUAUUAAUUAAGGAUUAACGAUAUUGACGAUAAAGUGCUUUAGCAGUAUAAAAAAAAAGGAAAAAAGUUGGAGAAAAAUUGCUGCAAGUUAUGUCAUCAGUGCCCCAAAAUUUAUUUAUAUUUAUGUAAAAAUUUAUUCGAUUAUGAAGGACCAAUUAUUUUUUUUAUUAUCAUUGAAAUUCAGAUUUUUUUAUCAUCGAAAACAAAUUAUUUUAAGCUUAAGACAUCAUUGAGGAGAAUCGCCAUGAAAUGUUUGUUCAUAAUGUAUAUAAAAACGAUUUAAACAUCCGUAGGAGCUACUUUCACGAUAAUACAAGACUUUUACUCUGAAAUUUUUUUGUUAAUAAUAAUUGUUAAGAUGCCCCCGGGGCAUUUGGCAGUUUUGUGUGAAUGAAGGUAAUCUUCUGAGUGGAUGAGAGGGCCCUCAAGGCCAACAAUCGUCAAUCAUGUCUCGAAUCAUGUUCAAUUAAGAGGUUUUUUUAUUAAACGUGUUAUUCAUAUUUUCACACGAAGUUGAGGAGAAAAUCAAUCACCUAAUGCAUAAUUAGUCAACUUCAUGAUUCAAAGUAAUGAGGUAAUCAUUGAAAUGUGUGGGCAAUCGUUGUAGUCAUUCAUCAAUGCAAUAUAUGAUUAUUGAUUAUUUUUAAGAAAAAAAACUUAUUACUAAACCCGUAGUUAUUGAAAAAUCUUUGAUAAUAGUACCACGCAAUUGCCUUUGCAGCAAAACUGGUUAAUUAUAUGUUCACUCGUUCAUAUUUUUUACUCAAUCUAUUAAAUGAAAAUUAAAGUAUCGAAGAGUAUUAAUCAUUAUCGAAUGAAUUUAAACACUGAAACAAGGGGGACUUUGUAACUCAUGUCAAUCCCCUCUAUUUCUCCACAGUGAGAUAAUUAUUUUUUAAUUGAGGAAAUGAGGUAAUGGGAGGUUUGAGGUUGUGAUGGUGAUUUUAUGGAGUGAUUAUGGUAGAUUAUGAGUUUAAUCAUCGAGAAAACAAGUCUUUGUAUCAUUACUAUGUGUCUGUCGAUUAAACAAUUAUGAUAUUGAUGUUUAUAAUGUUCGAUGAAACAUCAUAAAUUUUCAGCGAUUUAAUCUGUGAUUGAUUGCAAUAAAGAGAUGUAUGAAUCA